AUGGCCAGCAUCUCCGAUGAUUUCGACGCCCUCGGGCGCUUCGUCCUGCGAGGCUUCGACAAGACCAAGCCGAUGAGUUCAUUCCUGCCGGGGGUCGGUGGCUUCUGGGGCUUGCCGAUGUGGACGUUCUAUGUUAACCGCGGGCAAGGGAUCUCAUGUUUUGGUAUCUUGAACAAGGACGGACCAAUCAUGAGGUUUGAGUCAGCAGAAGCAGCGUAUCGCACUACUGCCCUACAGGGUUUCCGGACAUUGAUGAAUUUGCAGCGGCCUGGCCUACCUGCACGUUCAUACCAGCCUUUCUUUAAUGAAGGGGAGGGGACGAGGGACAUGUUGAUCGGCAUGAACGAGAUGGAAAUCCGCGAGAUUAACAACGAUGUCGGCCUGAAAACGGAGGUUCUGUACUUCACGGUCCCGAACAAGGAGUUUCCGGCCCUGGUGAGAAAGGUGUCUUUCACCAACUUAGGCGACACGACUCUGCACAUCAGUCUCUUGGACGGUCUCAUGAAGUUGGAGCCCACCGGCAUUCCGCACGAGAACCUUGUCACAAUGGGCCGAACCAUGGAGGCAUGGAAAAAUGUCUACAACACGGAGGAUGGCGACAUGCGGCGACCAUUCUUCCACAUCAGCUCCGAUCCAGCGGACAUUGCACAAGUCAAGGAGGUCGAAAACGGGCAUUUCGUUGUGGCAUUUGUUGAUGGAGAGUACAAGCUCUUGCCGUUUGUCGUCGACCCUGCGGUUGUUUUUGAGCAUGACACAUCCCUCAGAUGUCCUCAUGGCUUCACGCCAUCCACCUCUCCGGAGGCCUUGGCUUCAGGCGAGCAGUGCAAGUGUGCAAGGACGCCUUGUGCUCUUGCAGCCGCCUCUCAGUGCCUAGCGCCAGGACAGAAAGUGACGAUCACCUCCAUCUACGGCCAUGCUUCAAACAUCACACAAGCGGUCGAGAAGUUCAUCCCGAAGGUUUGCACGCCUGGGUUUGUCGACAAGAAGAUGGAGGAGGCAAGGAGCAUCCCAGGCACUUUGGCCAAGAAAGUGGAGACUCAAACGGCGUCCCCCAUCUUCAACCAGUACGUCAACUUCAACUUUUGGGACAAUUUGCUACGAGGCGGACUUCCCCACAUCCUCGGCGACCUGGGUAACGGUGCCAGGGACCAUCCAAAGGUAUAUCACUGCUUCAGUCGCAUCCACGGUGACAUGGAGCGUGAUUACAACAACUUCCAGCUCGACCUCACUUACUUUUCGCAAGGGCCGGGCAACUACCGCGAUGUGAAUCAGAACAGACGAGUUGACGUCUUCUUCGAGCCUCGCGUUCGGGAUUUCAAUGUGCGCCAAUUCCUCUCGUUCAUCCAGGCUGAUGGCUACAACCCUUUGUCAGUCGCUACACCCCUCUUUAAGAUGCCCGGCGACAGCAAUCUCAGCCACUUCCUGGCGCUAGUCACGUCAUCCGCUGGAGCAGCAGUAGAUGAGUUGAAGAAGCUGCUCCAGGCGCCCUUCCGUCCUGGGGACCUCUUCAAGGCCAUGGAGAAGCAAGGGUGCAGUCUGGAGAAGAUCGGCAGCACUCUCUCGCGCGAGCAGUUCCUGCACCUUUUGGCACGGGAGGCCCAGGAAGUGCCGGUGGCGAAGUACAACCAGAACGGGUUCUGGUCGGACCAUUGGGCGUACAAUAUGGAUCUCCUGGACAAUUUCCUCACCAUUUACCCGGACAAGGAAUUCGAGCUUCUGUUCGGCCUGGAGCCCAUCCCCUUCUUCCUCUCACCUUCCACAGUGCAGCCGCGUUCCAAGAAGUACAGAAAGCUUAGCAACGGGACCGUGAUCCAGGUGGAUGCUGUUUUGGAUGGGGCGAACAUCGCAAAGCCUCGAGAACAGCUGAUCACGGCGGCCCGCAGUGGCAACGGUUAUGUCGAAGACCCACUUGGCAACAACAACGCGUGGCACCUCGACGCUACAGGACACCCCAUGGUCGUCUCAGUUGGGUCCAAGCUGCUGAUCAUCGGGGUUCUAAAGUUUGCCACGCUGGACCCUCUCGGCAUGGGCAUCCAGAUGGAAACCGGCAAGCCAGGUUGGAACGAUGCGAUGAACGGUCUCCCUGGCAUUCUCGGAUCGACCAUGCCAGAAAGCUAUGAAACGCUGCGAGUGUUGAAGUAUUUGAAGAAAGUCAUCCAGCGCUACCCAAAGCAGGACUUCGAGGUACCGACGGAGAUGCACACGCUUUUGCAGGAGGUGGAGGCGCAGUUGGGCAACUACUGCUUGACGUCGCUUGAGUCUCAGAACAUCACUGGCAAAGUGCCAUCGGCUGAUUUCUCUUACUGGGGCGCAGUGAGCACAGCACGAGAGGUCUACCACGAGAGCAUUCUGGGACCCUUCUGCGGCAGCAAGCAGCCGUGGAGCAGCAGUCGAGUUGCUACUCUGCUGGACAAGAUGGUGGCCAAGAUGGAGCAUGGCAUUGGGAGAGCUUUGAAGUUUGGACAAGGCAUGACUCCGUGCUACUUCUCCUACAAGGCAGAGAUUAGAGUUGACAGCGACUCCAGCGGCGAGGUUGCCGUCCCAUUGUCGUUUGAGAUGCCGACUGUGUACCCUCUCUUCCUCGAGGCCUUUGUGCGCCAGCUGAAAGUCACGGAAAGCAGCGAAGAUUGCCGCGAAGUGUACAGGAAGGUCAAGAGCAGCCCACUCUAUGACACGCCAUUGAAGAUGUACAAGGUCUGCGAGUCCUUGAAAGGCCAACCUCUGACCCUGGGCCGCAUGCUCGCGUUCCCUCCGGGCUGGCUGGAGAACGAGUCCAUCUGGCUACACAUGAGCUACAAAUAUCUGCUGGAACUGCUCAGGGGUCGCCUUUUCGCGGAGUUUUUCGACGAGAUCAAAACGGGCCUUGUGCCUUUCAUGGACGUGAAGCGCUAUGGCCGCUCUCCAUUGGAGGCUUCGUCCUUCCUUGCUUCUACAGCGUUGCCCGACAAGCGGCUUCACGGAACCGGCUUCGUGGCGCGCCUUUCAGGUUCCACAGCCGAGAUGAUGUCGAUGUGGACUUUGAUGUUUGCCGGCCCACAGCCUUUCCGCUCAGACGGAGCUGGGUCGCUGGAGUUGGCUUUCGAGCCGGCACUGCCUUCCUGGUUGUUCAAGGACGACGGCACUGUGUCCUUCACGUUCCUAGGCUGCACGAAGGUCACCUAUCACAAUGCAGCACGCAAGAACACCUGGGAACUCGAUGCACCGCAGCGUUUGACCUACUCCACGGUCGACGGUGUAAGCAAGACACAAAACGGUGGUGUGCUGCCCCGGGCUGAAGCGCUUCUGGCUCGAGAGCUCAAGAUUGCCGCCAUCGACGUCUACUAUUGA